AUGGCAGUCAGCAUGGCAGUUGGUGGCGAAGAGAUGAUGAGUGCAGAGCAAUUUGCUGCAUGGUUAGAAGGUCCGUCCGAGCUGCGGACAAGUGGAUCAAGCUUUGUCGAUCAGCUGAGGCGGAAGGUGGCCGAGCAGCGAGGCCUUUCCAAUUUCAGGCAGCUCAGUAUUGUCAGCCGGAAUGGUGCGUUGACGCCCGACUGCAGCUGGGAUACGGUCGGGCCUUUUUCUGUGGUUGUGCGACCUUACACAGAUGUUGCCGGCAGGGAGCUUGAAAUCUGUAAAGCUGCAGCUGAUGGUGACCUGGCAAAAGUCUUGCUCUAUUUGGAGGAGCCAGUUGAUCCGAACAUUGAGGAUGCAGAUCAGCGCACGCCUCUACAUUGGGCGGCCUCGGAAAACCUCCAUAGGCAGAAUGAAGGAGUUCUGCGUUGCUUGCUGGAGGUCGGCGGCGACUGGAACAAAGAGGACAGUGAUGGGAAGACACCUUCGUUCUUGGCUGCGCUUGCUUCAUGUUGA